GAGGGGGGGAAACAGAACAAACCUCCCCCCUUAUUCUUCUUCCUUUUCUUCCUUCUCCACAGCCCAGCAAAGCGAGAGUCUACGCCUCACUCGUAAUGGACGACUCUGAGAAAUUGAUGGCCCUGAAGAAGGCGUACGCCGAUAUAAUCCUCAAUACAGCGAAGGAGGCGGCGGCGCGUAUCAUGGUUUCUGAGAGGAACGCUAUUCGGUUUCAGCAGGAGCUGUCCGCGACUAAAGAUGAGGCGUUUCGGAUACUGCUUAGGCUUAAGCAAAUGUUGGAUUCUAAGGUCAGUGAGGCAGAGAUGGUGUCUUUAAAUCAAAAGAAAAAGAUUGAAGAGCUCGAAGCCCAGCUUGAGGAAGCUGAGGACAUAGUGAGUAAACUUAGAGCUCAGUUGCAAGAAGUUCAAGAUGAACUGGAACAUGUGAGGAACAAAAAGGUAGAAGCCCUUGAUAAGCACAACUUGGCUGGUAAUGUUGCAUCUCGAGAGGACUUGCCAAGCUCACACGAGUGCAUCGCACCUUAUAACAUAAGUGCAACUUUGAAUGGGACGUGCCCCGAUAGUUGGCCUGAAAGUAAGAAUGACUUGAAGAUAGAUAAUGGCCAAGUUCAUAGAGAUUUUGCCUCCAUGGUGAUGAGAAGCAAAGAACCUGAGCUUUACAGAAAUGGUUGCACUCAGAGAGUACGUGCAUUUGAAAGAAAAUUGUUUGAUGGAAAGGUGUGUCUGACUGGACAAGCUGAAGAUGUCAAGAGUAGGGCGUUUGAUAUGGGUGAAGAAGAGGGUAAACUUAUGUGUAAAACAAGCAUUACCAAGACCGAUAAUACCUGUGGAGAACGGAAGAAUUCUAAUGAGACCAAGGAAUUGCCUAAGCUAUUAAGCAGGGAUAUUCAAGUACCAAUUAUUAAAUCCCUCCGCAGAAAAAGGAAACGAGCUACUCGAUACAACAAGAGGAAAGCUCUACCGGUUCUUGAUGACUUUACUAAACAAUGCGAGUCACCUGAUCUUCACUGCUCAGAAAGUCUUUCAGUAGAUAACGAUGACUCAGAAAAAUGUCUGUCGAAAAAGGAAAUUGAUAGUCAGGAUGGUCUUGUUUUGCUCUCAAACCCUGUACUGUCUGAGAUAAAUGAAAUGUCAACACCUUCAGGAUGUCCAGACGUCAGUGAGGGAGAUGGAGCAGUAAUAAAUGAUUGUUCUCUUAGGAACAUGAAAGACUAUGAUAAAGCAGUUGUAAAUAAAUCUGACUUCACUGGCCAGGAAAGUUUAUGUGUGGACAAUUUGGAGGGUUCCCCUUAUAAAAUAGACGCUGACCCAGUUAAGGAGUCAUCAGUUAACUUGGAUAUGAAAAAUUCUGAUGCUCUUGAUGAGGUUCCUAGUCAACAUUUAAAUAAUAAAGUUCUCAAGUACACAUUCCAAAGAAAGCGAAAGAAGGAAUCUUUGAGCAGCCCUGAUGGUAAAUCAUCAGUUGAUGAAAGCAUAUCAAAGAAAAGGAUGAAGGAUAAACAAAUUGUAUCAUUGGAAUCAGACAAGUUUAGCUUAAUGACGGAAUCAUCUCGGGACAACCGUCGGCUAGCACAGGUUGCUCGGCAGCUCAUAUCUUUGUCUGAGAAGAAGUGGCGGUGAUAAGGACGCUGGCUGUCCUGAAGCUCAUAAUUGUUGCUUGAAAAAUAAAAUCAGCUGCAACAAAAGAAAAAAAGAAGAAAAAAGAAAGGAGAAACCAGAAUGAGCUGCUUUGCAACAAGAAAGUGUUGGUUGCUAAGCAAGUGAGAUAUGCUUUUCCAAGGAAAUUCCACAGGCCAUGAACAAGUACAACAUAUGGGCGCUAUAUAUGUCCACUAACUUAUGAGUGUUUAUGUAAUCUUUAUAUCCUUCCCUUCAUUACUAUAUUAAAACACUUGAAUCCUGGCAUUUUUCUUUCCCUUGGGAAAGCUUAGUUAAUUAUAUUCCAAUUUUCACAUGUUAUUUAUUUCUUUGUUAUAAUUUUUGGUUACCGCGAGGACUACUAGAAAUGUGCUGUUGUAUAUUGCAAGGACUGAAUGGAAAUGAAAAGAGAGAUUCUGAAUUCUAAUGGUC